AGCUUUUCCUUGAGCUCCAAUUAAGCAGGAUGCAGUGACAUCACAGAUACUUUGAACCGCUGGAGCAGAAACACUGCUGCAGAACACAUCAGUUGAGCGAUGGAGGGCUCUUAUGUGGAUCUUCUGGCUCUGAGGCUCGUCAUCUCCGUCCUCGGUGUUUUAGGAAACACUGUCCUGAUUAUCUCCAUCCUUCAAACGCCUCGCCUGAAGUCCUUCGAGAUCUUUCUCCUCGGACUGGCCUCAGCGAAUCUGGAGGAGAUCGUGAUCGUGGACGUUUACGACAUCUUGCUCUUGCGUUCCUCUCGCAGUAUAAGUGUCUGGAGCUGCAGAGGGCUGAAGUUCCUCUCCAUCUUCGGGGAGAUCUCCAGCAUCCUCUUCACGGUUCUCAUCAGCAUCUAUCGCUAUCAGAAGCUGCGGGAUGUGCACACGCGGGUCAACCUGCCCGUCCUCAUGGACCGUCUGCGCUCGGCCGUGUUUCUCUCUGUGUUCUGCGGCGCAGUGGCUCUUCUCUUCAGUUUGCCCAUGCUUCUCAUUAACCUGGACUGGAGUCACCUGAACUCCUCGUCUCCGGGCUGUCCGGUCGAUUUCUUCCAGUGCUCGUUAACCAGGUGCCCGACUCGCAACCGCCUUUACAAGUACUCCUUCCUUCUGGUGUGCAACCUGCUCCCGCUGCUGAUAGUCACGCUAACGAGCACCAUGAUCGUCAGGAUUUUAAUAGUCCAGCAGAAGACGGUAAGGGCCCGGCAGGAUCCGAGCGUAGCGACUAUGACGUCCCAUCAGCGGUCCAGGAGAUCCUCUUUCCACCGCAGCACGCUGGCCAUCCUGGCGGCCAUGACCCUGUUCCAGCUCAACUGGACCGUCUAUCUGCUGCUGCAUCUGGCCUUUGACCCUCACACCAUCCCUCUGUGGUCAGAGCUGGAGCUCUUCAUCUCCACCUUUUACACCUCAGUCAGCCCGUAUGUCUACGGAAUAGGCAACAACCUGUUCAACAUAAAGCGCUUCAUGAGCUGA